UUUGCUCCUUUUCUGAAAUGGCUGGUCAUUUCCCUCACGGUGGAGGUCCUCCGGGCGCCGGGGAUGAUCCCGAUAUCAUGGCUCUGCCUCCAAGGGUUCGACCCUUCAUACCCGAAAGGUACGACCCUCCGACACAUGUGCUCCCCCAGGCAGUUUUCUACCAUUUUACCGAUUUCGAUGAUCGAGCACCCGAGGAUCUUUUAUUGCGGGAGCCGGAGUCCCACCUCUCCCAUCAGGCGCAGGAGGUGACUUCUCGUAUCGUACGAGGAUAUGGCUCCGUUGCGGCUAGGGAGUGGUAUGCGGAGCUCCCGGAGGCUGUCCGGGAUUUGGUUGACUUGGCAGGGUUUGGGCCCUUCUACUCUGGGAUAUCUCGUUGUCCGGCUAGUAGGACGCUGAUGGGUGCUUUGGUGGAGAGAUGGUGGGACACCACCAACUCCUUUCAUUUCUUUGCCACUGGGGACAUGACUAUGACCCCAUUUGACUUCGCCAUAUUGAUCGGCCUUGAUGCGGGAGGCUGGGCGAUCCCAUAUGACAAGGACAUGGGCCAAUGGGAGGCCGCCUGGAUCUACUUAUUGGGAGCUCGCCCGCCAGUUGACAGAUCUUCGGGCAGGGUCCGAUAUACUUGGUUUUCUUCCCAUUUCCGGAGGGUGGAGAUGGAGCCUAAGACUCCUGAGGAGGUAGCCCAGUAUACCCGCGAAUUUCUGAUGUUCCUCAUCGGGACCACUCUGUUUGCCGAUAGGGGGAACACUGUCGGGCUCUAUCUGUUGAGUGCCCUAGUGGACCUAUCACAGGUCCGGCGGUAUGAUUGGGGUGGCACUAGUCUGGCUACUCUUUAUUGCUAUAUGAGUGCGACCUCCCGCGGACAGGGGAACAUACUCGGCGGCUAUUGGAGAGCCUAGGAGGUACUUUCUGUCCUUUUGAUUUACAUUUCUUCUUUACAUUACUUGCACAUUGCACACACGACGCAUUUUACACUCUGUACCUUGCACUUU